GCCAGAGCGAUCCGAGCAGUCUCGUCGCCCAGUCGUCUCUAGUUGGUAAACCCGAGCGGUAGUGUGUCGCUGCCGAGUCUUUGACGAGUUGCAACUGCUUUUCUCUGGUUAGGCGGUGCCUUUCAUCUCGACAUUCGCACCUCGGUGGCAAUCCAGUUAUAAACGUCACAGCUGUUAACGAAAUACAUUCAGUAGUGAUACGGAGGGGUUUGACAUGACCUUUUGUCCGAUUUGCGUUCAAGGUUUAAUGUAAACAGUGAGUGCAGUGGUGUGUGUUUUUGGUUUUGAACUAAGCAUACAUGGAUCGUAGGAUUCUUGGAGCAUGCUAGGAUACAUUUUGGAUGAUUUAAGAAGGUGAACCGGACAUGCGAAGAUAGUGACGUCAUGGCCAGACUUGUAAUGGUGUACGCCUGCGUGGCGAUGUUGACGUCAUCAGUGACCAGCGUCGCCUUCUGUCCCCAAGGUUGCACCUGCGACGACGAGACUCUGGUAGUGUCCUGUAUAGAGGCUAAUCUGGACGUCAUUCCCAUCACUCUCAACCCGGCCAUUCAGAGGCUUGUUCUCAAGUACAACAGGGUAAAAGCGGUGGACGCAGCGUUCCAGUUCUACGGCGAACUUCAGUUCGUGGACCUUUCUCACAACCAUCUAGUCAGUCUUUCAACAAAAAGCUUUGAAGCCCAAAAGAAACUCGUAGAGUUCCACCUAAACCACAACAGGAUGUCACAGAUUUCCAACACGACGUUCUUGGGAUUAAAGUCGUUAAAAGUACUCAGCCUUCGUGGAAACUUCUUGGAGGACUUACCCGAUAAACUUUUCAGUGUUCUGAGUUUGCUGGAAGAGUUGGAUCUUGGCCAGAACAGAAUUAUGAGGAUAGACUCUACGGCUUUUGCUGGAUUGCCGAACUUGAGGAUAUUGUCUUUGGAUGACAACAUGUUGAAGACGGUUCCGACACCGACGUUCCCGUACCUCGCGAGUUUGGCGGAGCUCCAUGUCGGACUGAACGUGUUUACCGCCCUCUCAGACGACGCUUUCAAAGGUCUGUCCAAACUCUCUGUCCUUGACGUCAGCGAUGCCAGUCUGGUCAAUAUAUCUGAGAACGCAUUCCGAGGCCUAGGAUCUCUAAGGAAGCUAGUGUUAACGGGAAAUCGUCUAAUUAGUAUACCUACCAAACAGAUGUCCUCCCUAACCAGGGUGGAAGAACUGUCGAUCGGUCAAAACGAGUUCAGAUCGAUAGAGCACCAUGCUUUCCAAGGUCUGCAAAACCUUCGCCAGCUGGAGAUAAACGGAGCCCCAGCGUUGGAAAGGAUAGCGAAAGGCUGUCUCUCUGACAACUUGAACCUCGAGAGUAUCACUAUCAGUAAUAACAAACGAUUGACUACAAUCGAAGACGGUGCAUUCGCUGGGCUUCCUAAUCUAAGGCAUUUGGUAUUGAGAGACAACGCUUUCACCACUUUUUCUGAAUCUUCGGUAGCGUGGCCUGAGCUAAGGAAGAUCGAUGUAUCGGAAAACCCCUUAACCUGCAACUGCAACCUACGGUGGCUGAAAGAGCUGCUGAUAACACGAAACACUAGUCAAGUCCUGUGCGCGUCACCUGGUCAUCUUAAAAACAAACCUCUAAAGUCUUUAACUCCAGACGACCUCGGAUGCGCACUCCACGAUACCCGAAAACAAGUGAUCAUCGGAGCCGUCUGCGCCACAGCGGCGUUCUUCGCGGCGGCGGUCGGCUUCAUGAUCUAUCGCUACAGAAGGACCAUGCAGUCGGCGCUGAAGAACGUUAAGUGGGAAAAGCCGAAGAUCAGCAAGGAGUGUCAGUACCAGAAGACCUGCACUGGUGAUGAGGACUACCGUAAUACGCAGCCUUACAAGCACGAACCCACGACUGAACUGUAGCUAGAGCUGUUCGCCUCCACCCCCUCGGCACCCAACAUCUUCUACCUGCCGGGGGACAGCAAUACUGGGAGGCGAACUCGAGGUUCAGGAUCGUCCGGCCAGCGAGGCACUAAACCCGUCAACGGCUUCUCAUACAUCAGUGGCGAUAUGUUCCCUCAGGAGUGGCAUACUCGGGCCGUCAUGACCAACGGGCACGGGCACCACUACGAGGGGUAACCCGCCAAGUGCUGAUCUACCUACAGACACUUACUUCACGGGUAUUCCAACCACUAGUGUGUAUUACGUUACUGACGUCCUCGAGCGGAUUGUUUCACGAAAGACUGCGUACACAAAAUUACAAUAGUUUGUUUUCGAGUUACGAUUAAAAUAUUUUUGUAAGUGCCAUGCGAAUGUAUAUUACUGUACAGUUUUAUUAUAACUCUUAGAAUACGUUUACCACUAUGUAAAUACGUCGUAUAAAGCUUUAUUAUAUUAUAUUAUUUAAUCUUUUUAUGGUCUCUAAGAUAAAAGACUUGAGGUAUUGUACUCACCACAUUCCUACGCAUUUCUAUUGUAAAUUCGUGACGUAAUUUGUAUAUUUUAAAUUAUAAACUGUAACAUAUUUUUAAAAUAUUGUACAUAUAAACAAAACACCAUACUUAAACACUAUACUAUUCGAUCUAUAUGCACAAUACUAUUGACAUAGUGCUCUGAACAUAUUUUUCUUCUAUUUCUUUGUAAAAUUAAAUUUAGUUAAUACAUUUCAGUUAUCAAGGGAUAAAUUGAUGUACGAUAUUGCAAAUAUCUCAUUUAGACAAACAUUUGCAAAACUGGAUUGAGUUUAAUUUAUUUUAUCCAUAAAAAUAUUAUUUUAUAUUUAAAAAAACAUUAUUUCUAUGAGUGUAUUUGAAACAUAAUUAAGGCUAUGGAAUUCUAAGAUACAGUCACAUUAUUUUACGAAUAUAGAUUUAAGUAAAAUGUUUACUAGUUAAAUAACUUUAACUUUUCAUUUUGUGAUACUACGAAUAAAGCACAGUGAAGUAAUCCUACACCUAGUAUUGGACUGUCUGUUAUUUUCUAUGUUUGUAACUACAUAGUUAUGUAUAUAUCGUCGACCAUUUCCAACGAUGGUUCGUCAUAGGAGGGACACCUCAAGGGUUAAACUAGUCACCCCUUAUUCUAAACCUUGUUCACUUUUUUGUACAACCAACGUGAACGCCUUUUGAGCCUUAUUUCUCUAAGCAAUAUAUGAAGUGAUUUUUAAAUUGCUGUAAAUGUUUUACUCACUGUUUUGUUUGGUUACUAUUGUAAGUAUAUUCCAUAGAACUGUGAAUUAAAGUCUUUGUACAAA